AUGACUGCUUCACCCCAGGUCAAGAAAGUCUACAACUGCCAGCGUGGAGCCGCGUGGGCCAUACUGCUGAAUGCCUUACCACCACCUAAUGCUGAUAUUGUUAGCAGCCUGAAAACUCAUAGGAAUUUCUACAAUGACAUAAAGUCAAAACUGUCAAUGGACCCUCGGAAUGUCAUAGGCGAUGAUCCUCUGUCGCAAAAUGAUGAGAGCGCAUGGAACCAGCAUUUCUGUGACAACGAACUGAAGGCGUUGAUACUGCAAGAUGUAGUCAGGACUUUUCCUGACGAGCUCUACUUCAGAGACAAAGAUGUACAGGACAUGAUGGUGCAAGUAUUGUUCUUCUGGGCGCGUUCUCACGCGUACGUGGGGUACCGGCAAGGCAUGCACGAGGUGCUGGCCCCUCUGUUACUGGAGCUGCAUAGGGACAGGACGCACGCGCCGAGAGAUAUUAGCAAUACAUUAACAUACAUCCUAGAAGAAGAAUAUUUGGAACAUGACAGCUACAUGAUGUUCAGUGCGGUGAUGAAGGGGCUGGAGAAGUUCUACACGACGGGUGACGUGGUGCCUUCCUCCUGCGGCCGUCUGCCCGUCUCUAAAGUCAUCCACAACCCUAACGAAGUAGUAAGAUAUCUCGACAAGGUACGAGAAGAAUGUUUGACGCCGCUAGACAACGAGCUGGCCACGCAUUUAGCGCAGUGCAAUAUCUCCAUGGAACUGUUUGGAAUUCGAUGGCUCCGGCUCCUGUUCGGGCGCGAGUUCCCCCGAGCAGAGCUGCCGGCGCUGUGGGGGUUCUUAUUCGCGGACGGCCCUACGCUGCCCAACAUACACUUCGUCGUCGUCGCCAUCCUGAUAGCCAUGAAGACUACGCUAAUGGAGCCGGACUCGGGCGUGGUGCUGUCGGCGCUGAUGCGGCCGCCGCGGCUGCCGGCGGCGCACGCGGCGGCGCUGGCGCUGCACCUGCGCAGCCCGCUGCGGCACCCGCGCCCGCCGCCGCCCGCACAGGACGCUCACCGAGACAUGUCCUCGUACUCGAGCGAGUGGGCGCUGGAGCAGCGCGGCUACGCCACGGGCUCGGGCUCCGACUCAGGAUCAGAGGGCGUGGCGGAGGGCGCGGACAUCGCUCGUUCCCUCGCGGCGCUGGGCUUGCUGCGCGCGCAGCUGCCGCCCGCCGCCGCGGCGCUGGCGCGCGAGCUGGCCGACGCGCCGCCGAGGGUCAAGGCGCCGCUGCAGAGGAUACUCAAGCUGGCAGCUCUCCUAGAAUGCCGCAACCACGCGCUCAUCGACGUAGAAACGGCCCUGGAGGCCGCAGAGGCCGGAUCCGAGCAAAUCGGACGGCGGAAAAUAGUCCCCGUCAUAGUUAACCAUAAACCUCCGCCUAAACCAGCGGUUAAAGUUAAAGAAGUGCCGUUAAAACUGUUCCACAAGACGGAGUGUUUCAAUAGUGACCUGCCGUGCUUGGACCCGCUGAGACUUAGGACUGAAUGAUUAAGGGAGUUAUAGGGCUAAGUGAUAAAGCGAACAAAAAUAGUUCCCGUCAUAGUUAACCACAAACCUCCGCCUAAACCGGCGGUUAAAGUUAAAGAAGUGCCGUUAUAACUGUUCCAUAGGACGGAGUGUUUCAACAGUGACCUGCCGUGCUUGGACCCGCUGAGACUUAGGACUGAAUGAUUAAGGGAGUUAUAGGGCUAAGUGAUAAAGCGAACAAAAAUAGUUCCUGUCAUAGUUAACCACAAACCUCCGCCUAAACCGGCGGUUAAAGUUAAAGUGCCGUUAUAACUGUUACAUAGGACGGAGUGUUUCAAUAGUGACCUGCCGUGCUUGGACCCGCUGAGACAUAGGACUGGUUGCACCAAACCGUCUGUCAAGGCUAAA